AUGCGCCUGAGCAGGACGAAAAUUGACAUUUUGGAUGCAAAGGGUCAGGAGGCUAUGCGCAAGCCUGGCGUGACCACAGAUUACUUGGAUGAAAUCUGCCACAAUGCUUGUGUCGAGAGAGAGGCGUACCCUUCUCCGCUUAACUACAACAACUUUCCCAAGUCAUUAUGUACAUCUCCGAAUGAGGUUGUAUGCCAUGGAAUCCCCGAUCAGCGGGUUCUUCUCGAUGGUGACAUUCUGAACCUCGAUAUUUCUCUGUACCACGGCGGAUAUCAUGCCGACUUGAACGAGACCUACUACGUUGGUGACAAGGCCAAAGCGGAUCCGGACUCAAUCCGACUUAUUGAAACGACACGACAGGCGUUGGACAUGGCUAUUGAGAUAAUCAAACCAGGUGUACCGUUCCGAGAGUUUGGUAAGAUCAUUGAGAAGCACGCAGCCUCUAGGGGACUUGUCGUUGUCAAGACUUGGGGCGGCCACGGUAUCAACACGGAAUUCCACCCUCCUCCUUGGAUUCCCCACUACGCGAAGAACAAGGCCGUGGGAACAUGUAAACCAGGGAUGACAUUCACGAUUGAACCUAUCCUAGCUUUGGGCGCCAACCGAGAAGUGUAUUGGCCAGAUGACUGGACAAAUGUUACGGUGGAUGGUAAACGGACAGCACAAUUUGAAACAGGCGUCGAGGUUUUGACGGCGAGACUGGAGAACUCUCCAGGAGGCCCGAUUCCCAUACCUGAAGUUGCAAACGGAAAUGCAACGAAAUCAUAG